GCCCCGCGCCUGACUCGACGUUUACCAGCAAGGAGGCAGGCACGCAGGCAGCCAGCCAGCCAAGCACAGCAGAGGAAAAGUUGCCUGUCAAAAGUCCUCAACAAGGCCGAAAGAGAGAAGCGAGCGAGUGCAGUCCCAAGUCCAAUGGUCAGGGCCGAACGUUGCACUUUGGACCGCGCCCGGUGCACAAAGCUGCAGCGGGGCUGCAUGAGCUUUCAUCCCACGGCGCCGCACUGAGUACCGACCGACCGACCGACCGAUCGCAGUCAUGUCUGCACAGCCGCGCUUCGUGAACCCCUUCCACAGCAGGACGCACAGCCUGGCCGCCGCCGCCCCUGCAGGCAAGGCCAAGCUGACCCACCCUGGCAAGGCCAUCCUGGCAGGUGGCAUCGCGGGCGGCAUCGAGAUCUGCAUCACCUUCCCCACCGAGUACGUCAAGACGCAGCUGCAGCUGGACGAGAAGGCCAACCCGCCCAAGUUCAAGGGCAUCGGCGACUGCGUCAAGCAGACGGUCAGCGGCCACGGCGUCCGGGGUCUUUAUCGCGGGCUCAGCUCGCUGCUCUACGGCUCCAUCCCCAAAGCCGCCGUCAGGUUCGGCGUCUUUGAGUUCCUGAGCAACAAGAUGCGCGACGGCAGCGGCAAGCUGGACAGCAAACGCGGCUUCCUGUGCGGGCUGGGCGCCGGCGUGGCCGAGGCCGUCCUGGUCGUCUGCCCCAUGGAGACCGUCAAGGUCAAAUUCAUCCACGACCAGACCUCGGCCAACCCCAAGUACAAGGGAUUCUUUCAUGGCGUGCGCGAGAUCAUCAGAACGCAAGGACUUCGGGGCACGUACCAGGGUCUGACGGCCACCGUGCUCAAGCAAGGCUCCAACCAGGCCAUCCGCUUCUACGUCAUGACCUCGCUCAGGAACUGGUACAAAGGUGACAACCCCGACAAAUACAUCAACCCCUUAAUCACGGGAAUGUUCGGAGCGUUCGCCGGCGCCGCCAGCGUGUUGGGAAACACGCCGCUGGAUGUGAUCAAAACCCGAAUGCAGGGUCUGGAAGCGCACAAGUACAAAGGCACCGUGGACUGCGCCGUCAAGAUCAUGAAACACGAGGGGCCCCGGGGGUUCUACAAAGGGACCGUACCUCGCCUGGGUCGGGUGUGCUUGGACGUGGCCAUUGUCUUCAUCAUCUACGAAGAGGUGGUGAAGGUUCUCAACGUAGUUUGGAAGACAGACUGACACAGACGGACGGACACUUCUGGGUUCCUUCACUUUUUCGGCUGAAUUCUGAGCGGAGGCGUGCAAAUGAAAAGUGAUUUUUGAUUUUAUUUAAGGUAUAAUAGCGUGCAGCAGAAGCACCGUUGUCAGGAAAAGGCUUGUAACUCUGGAAGCGUUUGAACGGACGGCGGUGGCAACGACAACUUUCUUUUAAAAAGAGGCAAGAAAGCAGGUGACGCGUGGAAGGACCAAGAAAUGAUACUUGAAGAUUCCUCUUAUGUAUGCAAUUAGCUAGACGAUGCUCUGGAAAGGAUUCAGCUGUCAAAGUGCCUCUUAGGUUUUUCUUUGUUUCACCAUUCCAGUCAGUGUCAUCUGAUUAUAUGAAAGAAUGAUUUAUGAUCACAAAAUUCCACUAAUUGUGCCUUCUAUGCCAUUCCGCCAAAUCUGGGUGUUUUUAAGAGUUUUUAUCAGAUGAACGAAAUGAUAUUAAUUGCCUUUUUUUUUUAAAUGUCUAGUGUGCCACAUCAGAGUUUGGAUGUGCGUUGGGUGCACAUGCUACUUCAGGUGUUUACUUGAUAACCUCAGCGCAGGCCCGGCCUGGCCUGGCCUAGUCUGACCUUGGCCUGGCCUAGUCUGACCUUGGCCUGGCCUAGUCUGACCUUGGCCUGGCCUACACGUACCUACCUGUAUACAGUAUAUGCCUUAAUCAUGACUAACAUAUUCCAUUACGCAGGGCUUCUUCAAGUUUUUGGGAAGAUUCUCUUCCUGGUUGUUCAUUCCUGUGCCUUAAGUCUUUCUCACUGGUUAUGCUGUAAGGGCUGACAAAGAAAAAUAAACUAUGGCUCUUAUUGAAAAAGUU